AUGGCACGAAGAAGCUCUUUUGACGAGGCCUCUGCUGGCUUUCGCGCCCACCUCCCUGCUCUGGAUAGUCCGCGCUUUACUACUGCUGCAAAGCAGAGCGUCUACGAAUACACAAAAUGCAUGCAAGAUAAUCGCGCACCGCCGUGGCUUUACGACUUGACCACGGUGUGGGAGAAGCUGCUGGCUGAGCCCUUUACUGGCGUCACGAAUGACGGAAAAGUACGAGAGGCGCUCUUCUCGGCGAAAGAUGGGAAUAAUCCAGACGUUGAACUGGCGGUCCAGAAGGCAGAGAGCUUACUCGGCAGUCUAAGUGUCGAGAUGAAAGGCAAGCUCACCUAUCCCAUCAAUGCGCGAGAAUGGAGAGCAUGGAGCAACCCUGAAUUCCUUCUUCGACCAUUCGGGCUCCGUCUCGAAGAGGUUCCUGAGGACACGGCGCAAGGCAUACUCUCUGUUGUCCAAGCAUCCCUUUCGCCAGAAGGAUUUCAAAAGGCGCUCUCGGCCAUGCGUAUCAAUCAUUUCCUAGGCGAAGUCGUCCGCCUACCCAACAUCAUGAACAAAUACUCAUACAACUUUCUCGUCUUCGGUACGCCUUCUACCUCCCCAUCCUCCCCGUGGGGUUGGUUGCUAUAUGGCCACCACCUAUGCAUAUCCUGUUUCUUCAAAGGCCCUUUUAUCUCGCUCACGCCUUCUUUCACGGGCGCAGAGCCUAACAUCAUCGACGCGGGGGAGUGGAAGGGCACCGAGAUUCUUCACAGAGAAGGCAACUUGGGACUCCAGUUGAUGCAGAGCCUUGGGCCAGAACAACGAGAGAAAGCGCAGACAUUCAAAAAGUUGAGAGACGAGGGCAUGAAGCAAGCCUAUGGCAAUUCCAACAACGACCAGAGCAAAGCCGAUGAAUUGAUUACCGAUACCUGGGGGCCGGAUGACCAGAGGCACCGAUGCGGCGCAUUUAGAGAUAAUCGUGUCGUGCCCUAUGAAGGCGUCGUGGCCUCUGACCUCUCGCACGAACAGCGGAAGCUCAUCAUUGAGAUCUGCAACGAAUUCCUCUUGUACCAUCCCAUCAAGGCGCGGGAACUACGACUCAAGCAAGUGGAAGAGCACUUCUCGGAAACAUACUUUUGCUGGAUUGGCGGUUAUGGGCCCGAUGAUGCAUUCUACUUCCGCAUCCAAAGCCCCGUCAUCCUGGUUGAACUGGAUCAUCACUCGGGGGUGUUUUUGACAAAUAAGGAGCCGGCCAAGUAUCAUACACAUACAAUCUGUCGAACCCCGAAUGCGGGGGACUAUGGACAGGCUGUUAGGGAGGGAGCAGAGCGGUUGACCAAGACAAGGAGCUAUCCCAUAUACAGAUAG